AUGCCUUAUUCAUAUGAGUCUCGGAAUGUGUGCCAGCCAGACGGUGGGUCGCGAGCUGAGAUCAAUUGCACUGUGCUGUCAGGCGGAUCAGCCACUAGCGAAAACUACGAGAGUGGCCAACAGACGCAACAACCCCUAUCACAGAAUUGUGGCAAUUAUGCUGAAGUUGAUGAGAAAGGUAUACAAGAGCUGGCAAAUUCAAUUAUCAUCCAGCCUUUCGGUUUAGACCCGACCUCUACUGUACCUUCCGUCUCUGCAACGGAGCAGCUCAUGCCGCGAGAAUAUAACAUCGACCAACUACUCAAGCAGUAUGUCGGCGAGUUGGGCCUCUGGCAGUGGAUUAUCGUUCUGCUCAGUGUGAUCAGCACAUCGCCAUCGUCAACCCUGCCUGUUUACCUGCAUGUCAGCCACCAACACCGCUGUCGAGCUCCAGGCCAUUUGGAGGGUUAUCUGACCGGUUUGUCGAACCUCUCAUUUGAUCAGGCUGCCCGUUUUGUGGGUCCUUGGCCCGAUGAUAACAUCUCGACAGAGGAGAAAGCCAAUCUUGGCAAUGGAAUUAGACGUCAGUUUGGCUGCCUACGCUAUAGGCUACCGACAGACUGGCUGACGAAAAAUUGGACCCAGACCUCAGAAACUGCUCGAACGUCUGGCGACUUAUCCUCUGAUCGGCUUAUUGCCUCAUUGACUCGACUGGAUAAAUCUAAUCUCGAUCUCGAAUCCUGUUUGGACUCGUAUGUCUAUCAAGCAUCGGUAUACCAGUAUCCGGGGCCUGUUGAUGUUGAGUUUAACCUGGUCUGUGAAAACCGAUGGCUUUCUGCAAUGGGUACCUCGGCUUUCAUGUUAGGAAUGAUGCUCGGUUUCAUUUUUGGCGGAUGGCUGGGCGACUUACACGGCCGCCGGCCAACUGUGCUUGCGUUCUCUGUGGUCGAGGUGCUCGCCGGGUUGUCUGUAUCUCUGGCGCCGAAUUUCGCCUCGUACGCAGUGCUUCGUUGUCUCGUGGGCAUAGCGUUUACCGCGAAGGUCACCUGUCUUUCAGUUCUCUCUAUGGAGCUAACUCUUGCUCAUAAUCGCUCUUUUAUAUCGUCGAUCCGUACCAUCUUCAUGAACUUUACCCUUCCCUCCUUGCUUGUUCUAGCCGCCUAUUUGCUGCCAGAUUGGCGCAGCCUCAACUCAGUUGCUAUGUUGCCAUCCAUACUUGCCGUCUUCUACAUUACUGGGCUGCCAGAGUCACCGCGUUGGCUGCUCUCACAAGGCCGGCGACUGGAAGCCCUCUGCCUACUUCGGCACGGCUACCAAGUCAACCACCACCAUUCCGUUUGUUUGAAUAACGCCAAAAAGACUAACAAUUGCCGAAUGUGCAUUUUCAGAGUCAAGAAAACAAGUAUGAAAGACAAGAAAGAUGAAGAUGAAAUAUGUGGGCUAGCCACGGUCACUCGGUUCGGUUGGCCCGACAUCGAGACACAGACCUUCACUACCGAUAAUCUUAACAUAGACGGCUCUAAACAGGCACAUAAUUCAUCAGGAUCUCCUACGGACUUCGAUCCAGCCUUUAACCCAUUCGACGGAAUGAUAAAAGCCGAGAAAGCCUAUCUUGAGCAGGAACGUGUUCGACAGGAUUCAUCUCAAUCCGACCGGCAGGCCUCAGCGAGAGUCGGCUGCCUGCAUAGUUUGUUUAUGCCUUUCUCUACAUGGCAACUGGCUCGUAUCACUAUCUUCUCUCUCAUCCUCUUCACCGGUUAUGUUACAUGCAUGUUCGGUCUCUUCUAUUACGCUAGUUUCAUCCGUGGUCACAUAUAUAUAGUCACUCUGCUAAAUACCGCAUCCUGCCUGCCAGCUCUUUUGAUUUCAGGUGGGCUUUACCGUCUGUUCCGGAAUCGUCGCUGGCCGCUGAUCGGCGUCUCUCUGUUGGCUGCUUUUGUUAUGCUCACAGGCGGCCUGCACACUUUGUUGGCACGACCGACCUCUGAUACGCUACUUAUCAUCUGCAGCAACCUUGCUCUUGUCUUUCUCGUCGCCGGUGUCAACAUGAUUUAUAUCUAUGUCCAGGAGCUCUUUCCCAGUCAGAUGCGCACUCAGGGUUUGGGCACUGCCUCGGGUCUAGGUCGUGUAGGCACUGUGAUCUGCACUUUCAUUAAUCAACUGGAAGACAUUAAUGGCGCCCACGGCUCACCUUUGGUGGUUUAUGCUGGAGUAAUCUUACUGUUCGGAUUUGGUGUCCUCGUUCUAAUGCCCAAUACUACGGGGGAGAAUUUGCCAGAUGUAAUCGGACAGAUGCGACAAAAGUCACCAGACUCAUGCGAAAUUUCUACUGCAAACUCGAAUACCGUGAAGGUGAGGCAGAAGCCCGGCUGUAGUAUUGAAGAGCCUCUGGCUUCACGAGGCGACCGGUCAUAA